CCAGAGACCGUACCUAAUAAAUUUACAAUUUACCUUAAGUAAGGCUACUAACUAACUACAUGUAACAUUUAAAAAUGAUGCGAUUACAUCCACAACCACAACCAUUACUACUACCAGACCAUACUACAUAGUUUGAAUCUUCGUUACUUGGAGCUUUAAGCAUCUAGUUGUACUUCCAUCAUUCUUGGGUCAUAUACAUUUCUUGACUUUACGAAACGAUGCAAAGUGUAUAGGUACCUACCUAUAAGGUAUAGUAUCAAAAGACCUUAAAGCUGAUCGUAUAUUUAUAGUUGGACGAAUGAUGAACUGAGCCGACUGUAAAUCCACCUUGGGCCGAUCUCGUUCUGGCAUGACCGGUCUCGAUCUGUUCGUACAAACCUAUUACAUCAAUGCCUCCCGAUCUCCUGUACCGAUAGACCAAUGGACGACUAUCCCGCAGGUAGUCUGGACCACAAUGUCCCCUUCCUCGUCAUCUCGGGCCUAGGCCAUACUCAUACCUCUACCAGGCCCCUUCUGAUGGACCCGGACUUGAGAGAACAGAGCAUACUUGUUCGGUCUGAGCUGCCUCCUAUAGACACUCGGGAAGCAAAGACAAUUCUGCACUAUAUCCAAGAGCAGGAUGCCACCGACUUGCCUUGGAACUCCCGAGAUACCUCGAGGAAAUACAAGUUUAGAAUCAGGACCAUUGGGAGGGAGUUCUUGCUGCCGCCUCGUCGUGCACGCCUUCCUGAAAACUUCGAGGCGCCUCCAUCUUCUGUUACUUUACAUUCUCCGUUCUCGCCUCUCAGUCCUGGUUCUACCUUGUACCCAGAUGGCUUAAUAGAUACGCGAUGGAUUCAAAAGCACCAGGAACUCAUACCUAGUGUUUGCUUGGCUUUCUAUAGUCUGGUCUCCGACCCUACUCUGGCGACCCUGCACGAUAAUCAACUGAAAACGGAUAUCAAUGCUGUCAAAAAUGCCAUCAGCCAAUCUGGCCAUAGGUCUCGUCUAGUCGUGGUGAUCGUUAGUGACCAGUCGCCAACAUCCGUAAGCCAGUUCCAGGACAGGCUGGACAACAUCAGGAAGAGCACAGGGUUGGACCCCAAGACUUCACUCUUCGUCCUGCCCACACAGCGGACCGAAAACGAACUAGAGAGUGCAGUUGAUAACAUUCUCGCCGUGGUAUUCGACCAAGCACUCGAGUUCUACCGCGACCUUGGCAGACACGCACGUAGAAAGAAAGGAAGGGGGUUUGCGCCGCAUCCAACUGUCCCGCCGACGAGUGGCACUUCUCAUACCUUAUCUCUUCAAGGUUGGAAUGUUCGCUAUGACUUCAAGACGGCCAUCUUCUCAGAGUUUCGCCAGGAUCUCGAAACUGCUUUACGUUCUUAUGAACAAGCAUACGAAGCGCUACUUGGCGCCGAUGUCCUCGAAACUAUUCCAGGCUGGAGUCCUCGGUUCAACGAUGCUCGGCUCCUGGCUGAUAUAAUAGCUGUACGAGUAUUGAAAUGCCUCUUAUGGGCCGGACAAAGUACAGCCGCUGUGAGAAGAUGGCAAGCACAUCAUGAUAGGAUAGCGUACCUAGUAGAUCGAAUGGGACGAGGAACACAUAACUACGGAUGGGAGGCUUGGGAAGCGCGAUGGAACACGGUCAUGGCUAACCUGAUAGAAAAAGUCAAGUUUCCAGAAUUAGAGCCAUCUACUUUGCUACCUCAUCGCCCGCCAGAGAAGAUCGUCUCAGCCGAGCGUUUGCAACCAUGGGAGUUACUUCACCACCAAGGGUAUUGGUACCGUGCAGCCGCACGACACCUUUCCAAGAGACGGAGGCUAGCGUAUGCCAUCCCCGAAGAUGACCGGAAACCACCGGAUACGGCCACAUCGACCAAAACAAGCAACGCUUACAGUUACGACACUUACAUGUGUCCAGAACCGUACGACGAAUAUCCAAUAUUCGGAACUGGGGUCAAGCAUGGAGAGCUAAUCUUGAAGCACUUGGUGUUGGCGCGAAGUGAAUUCCACAAGCGCCAUCAGUUCAGAACAUCGGCGGAGCUAGCGCUUGGAUGUGCAAAAGAACUGGAGACAAUGAAGGAGUGGAAACAGAUAUUAGAGAUACUGGCGCCUCUGUGGAGGAACAUGUCCUUUCGUACCGAGGGUUGGUGGGACAUCAUGGAAGCGGUGAGCUGGACUUUGAGGGGUGCAGCUGUACAAGUUGGCCGAAAAGACAUUAUUGUCGCCAUUGACUGGGAGCUUCUGAAUAGGGGUUUCUCUAGGCAACCUGGCUGGCAUUACGACAUGACAAAAUCAUUGAAUGAUGUAGCUGGCGAAGGUCGACCCGUCCUAAGUAUCAGCGAUGAACACAUAACGUCGUUCUUACAGGCCUCGUUUAUCUUCAAAAAUGAAGAAGGAAAGGCUGGUCAAACAAGCCUUGCCCAACUUUCAAUCACAUCGAAUUCGUUCCUGGAUGCUGCCCCGGUAGUCCCCGAAUCGAUUCGAGUCGAAUUUGACGGCAGUUUACGGACGAUUCGUCUAAAACAUCAACCCAGCGAUGUUCCAAUAUCAAAAAAAUCAAGGCUACGAGUCACUAAAUUAGCGCUGUUAGAGGCAGAGAGCAGCGACGGUGCUGGCUCUGAUGAUGCUUCAGAGACAAGCGCCGAGUCGAUUCCUACACUUUUACUUGAGGGGGUAGACGACUUGACCCUAUUACCAGGCCAGACACGAGUUUUCGAAAUGGACGUCCCUUUGAGAGAACCCGGUGAUGCUAAGGCAUCCUCGAUAGAAGUUACAGUAGCUCCGCCAUCCUUCGUGUUUGGAUACACAAUGAAUAUUCGAGAAACAAACUCUGUAGGCUUAUGGCAUUCACAGUCAUCUUCACGAAACAAGAUUACGCGAUCAAAUCCACAGAAGAUCAAGGUUCUUCCAAGGCCACCAAAGAUGGCUAUUAAAAUUGUGAAUACGCUUGAGCAAUAUUAUGCAAGCGAAAAGAUUGAGCUUGAGAUAGAGAUCCUCAACGAAGAAGAUGUGGACGCUAACACCAGAUUGGACAUUGUCCUAUAUGGGCAAGACAUCCCUAGCUAUAAAGCACGAGUUGGUGAUAGUGGAGAAGAGAUGUCGAGCCCGGCAAAUGUAGAAGAAUCGCGACUGGAUGGACUGCAUGUCGGAACGAUAUCUAGCUCUAACUCUGAAAAGGUCACUAUGACUCUUGACCCUAUUGAUGGGCCCAUGGUAUUUGAUUUAGUCGUGAAGGCACGGUACCAUCUCGUGUCGGACCCAGGGACACCAAUCAUCCAGCAGGCAACUUAUAGCUUAAACGUUGUCAACCCCUUCGAGGCGAGCUAUGAUUUAUUUCCUAGGCUACAUUCUGAGUGGCCGAAUUUCUUCAACACCGAAGCUGCGCAAGACUCGUCUGACGGGGAUAAGGAAGAUAUCCGCCCUCGAGGCAUAGCCCAGAAAUGGUCGCUGGCGACGAGGUAUGCCUCUUUUGCGCACGAGAACUUGGCCAUCACCGAUCUGGACGUUGGUGUUAUUUCCACUCAAGGACGCGUAAGCUGCAAGACGUCCAAAGGUCAGUCAAUUGCGGAUAAGGGCGUGAUUAUCAGCCCCAAGACGAUAGAGGAAGCACAUUUCGAGGUUAUUGCGCAGAAGCUAGACCUCGAUGACAGAUCACCAGCAACGGCGGAUCUCGUUUUUACUAUUAGCUGGCGACGAAUCACGCCAUCGAAAGGGCCGGUAAACACGACAAAGCUGCCGCUGCCACGAUUUCUUGUCGCAACCUCGGAACCUCGGGUUCUAGCCGGGGUAUCCUACUACUCACCACCCGGGCCAUCUUCUUCCUCUUCUUCUGGAUCUGCAUCCGCAUCCGACUCAACACCUCAGCUACUAUUCCUAGACAUCACGAUCGAAAACCCAUCCUCGCACUUCCUGACGUUUGGACUUAUGAUGGAGCCAAGCGAAGAGUUCGCGUUCUCGGGGGCUAAAACUACGACGCUGAACGUACUACCCAUUGCUCGGAGGUCUGUAACCUACCGCCUGCUGCCGCUCGUCAGGGGUGCGUGGAUCCGGCCUACGCUCGUGGUACGUGAUAAAUAUUUCCAGAAGGUCCUUAAGAUCAUCCCAACCGAGGGUAUGAAGAGUGAUAGAGAUGGUGUAUUAGUGUGGGUCCCACCCGAGGAGGACGAAGCGGAUGGUGAUGAUGAUAAUGGUACCGCAGAUAACGAAUGAGGUUACUUCCUUGAAGGAUGAUGAGUAAAAUAGCUGGGAAAGGGAAAGUUAGGAUGAAUAACGGCGGCUACAACUAUAUAGGAGAGAAGGUUCACAUUACAUACCUACGUACCAGUACAUAUGUAUAGGUAGUAAUUUUGAUGAACCGAAUUAAGUUCUCACGAUGCAGCAAGCAUAGUAGGCUUGUACCAUAUUAUAAAUGAAUUGGCGUCCUUUGCUCUUAACAAGGGGUGUGUGUGCAACAACGAUAGGUAUAACACAUGCAAAUCUAUAUAUAGUGCCUAACGUAUCCAUACGAUGCAUACGCC